UCCCCCUUUCCACCUCCCUCCUCCGCUCCCCUCCCCUUCCACUUUUCUUUUCCCGCUCUAUUUUAUUUUUCCAUCUUUUCAAUUGUAAGCAGAUCUUUCUAAGUAAAUUUGCAAAUUAACUACAAUCGAAAAGCAGAGUUAAGGAAAAAUAGAAAGGAAUGAGAUCUUGGAAUUUAUCAGUUAUUCUGUUAUUCUUUUCAUUGCCUUUCUUCCUUCUCGCCUCUCCCUCGGCGUCUUCAAUCGGUUAUCAACAGGAAAGAAUUCAGCACAGAGUUUUGAUGAGCUUCAAAGAAUUUCUAAAGAAAGUAACGAUACUUUCGAUUGCUCUCCCUCUGGUCCUUGCGUUCCUUGCCUUUACUCUGAGAAGAGUGACAAAAAAUAUCGAUGUAGUGAGACUGGAUAUCGUAUCCCUUUCAAAUGUGUUGAACUUGAUGAUGGUUCGAAGGCUGAAAAUAAACAAAAAAUCGAAAAGGAUAGGUCUGAUCUUGAAAUCUCAGUCAUCAAUGGGAAGUCAAGAAAACUUGAUGAUUCAUCCACAUCGGAGAGUAGGGGACGAGCCUACAUCACCUAUAGAAGCUGUAUACCUGCAGUUAAUGAAGAGAAGUUAUCAGUACUCGGUUUUGAGGGAAUUGUUUUUGGCUUACUGCUCAUUAGUGGUUCAGUCAUAUUCUUAAGAAGAAAGCGGGCCAUUACCAUGCCCGGUGUUUCUACAGGGAGGAUCCAACCUAACUCUAGGUUUUAAUUUGGAAGCCCUUUCAUAGGAAACCACUUGUUGAUUAUUGAGGCUUUGAAGUAAUUUAGUAUAAAACUACAUCUACAGGUAAUGCUUUAGUUGCUCAUUUCUUUCCUUUUUAAUAUAUUUUUUUUAAAUCUCAA